UUGGAAAUUUGUAAAAUAUGAAAAGAAACUGAAGUGACGCAGCAACCUAAUCGCGGUUUUUUGGGGACAUUCAAAGCGGACAGAGAGAGAGAAGGAACUGAACACGGCGGCUACAGAUAGUGUGAGAGCGAUGCAAAGAUAAAGAGAGAAAGAUACGGAGGUGUUACAGAGUUGCAGAGACCGGAGAGAGAGGGAGAGAGAGGAGUAGAAGAAGAGAUAGAGCGUCUAUCUGUCCAAAACCCUAACCCUAGAAAUGGUUUCUGCUUCAUUCUGUAGUAUCUGGAGUCUGAACACUGAGUAAGAAAGUGGUCGUGCCUUUUUUGGUUAAUUUUUAGUUUAUUGGAUAAGUUAUUUGCUUCCCUUUCUUUACUCGUUGGAUCAGUAGAAACUGGAACAGAUACUCAUUUCUGCAAAAGUAGAUUUCUAAAAUCGAAUUCUGGGAAAAGUUUGCUAUUUACUUUGGAUUUGGUUGGUUGGUUGGAUGGAUGAACUGUGAGUUUGGACUUGGAAAUUAGGGUUUUGUUGAGACUUUUCAUUGAAGGAGGGAGGAGAAAGAAGGAAGUUUUGAAGACAACGACGUCCAGGAGGAAUAGGGGAAGCUAUACUGGACUUGGUCUUCUGUUGUGUGUUGUUCGGGUCAGAUCUUUGUAUUUAUUCGUUGGGGAAAUGUUAAAAAAUGAUUAUUUUUCUUUUCCAGAAAAAGUGAUGGACUGGAGUUAGUUUCUCUUUCUUUCAUCAGAAGAGUGAUUUAGGGUUUUAUGUUAUUUACGGCUUAGAUCUCAUUGGUGUGAAGUUGUAAGAGCGUUCUGAUGAAAUUGUUGUAGAGACAACGUCCAUCGGCCAUGUACUUAUGCUUGUGUAGUUCAUUCAUGUUUUAGGCAGUAGAUAGGGGAAGACGAAGGUUGUGAAAAACUGAGAGUUGGAUAACGACUUUGUCAUUUAGUUACUUGGAUUUGUCAUCCUCUGUUUCUUUUUAGUUUGAUAUCAGAUCUUUGCGCUGGAGCGGUUAGGGAUACCGGGAACCAUGUCUUCCUUGAGUAGGGAACUGGUAUUCUUAAUCUUACAGUUCUUGGAUGAGGAGAAGUUCAAGGAAACUGUCCAUAAGUUGGAACAAGAGUCUGGGUUUUUCUUCAAUAUGAAACACUUUGAAGAUCAAGUCCAGGCGGGUGAAUGGGAUGAAGUUGAACGGUAUUUAUGUGGGUUUACAAAGGUUGAAGAUAAUCGGUAUUCAAUGAAAAUUUUCUUUGAGAUAAGGAAACAGAAGUAUUUGGAAGCUCUUGAUAGGCAUGACCGAGCCAAGGCGGUUGAGAUUCUUGUCAAGGAUCUUAAGGUUUUUGCGUCUUUCAAUGAAGAACUGUUCAAGGAAAUCACCCAGCUGCUUACUCUUGAGAACUUUAGGCAGAAUGAGCAGCUUUCCAAGUAUGGUGACACAAAAUCCGCACGGAAUAUUAUGCUUAUGGAACUUAAAAAGCUUAUUGAAGCAAAUCCCUUAUUCAGAGACAAACUUACAUUUCCACCCUUCAAAGCCUCACGAUUGAGGACUUUGAUAAAUCAGAGUCUGAAUUGGCAGCAUCAGUUAUGCAAGAAUCCACGUCCAAACCCUGAUAUCAAAACACUUUUCACUGAUCAUACCUGCGCUCAUAAUAAUGGAGGUCGGGCUCCACCUCCUACCAACAGCCCUCUUGUGGGACCCAUUCCCAAAGCUGGGGCAUUUCCUCCUAUUGGUGCCCAUAGUCCAUUCCAGCCAGUUGUUUCCCCAUCCGCUAGUGCAAUUGCAGGGUGGAUGUCAAGCAACAACCCUUCUUUACCUCAUGCUGCUGUGGCAGCAGCCCCUCCUAGCCUUGUACAGGCCCCUAAUGCAGCUGCUUUCUUAAAGCACCCGAGGACUCCUACUAGCGCUCCAGGAGUUGAUUAUCAAUCAGCUGAUUCAGAACAUUUGAUGAAGCGGAUCCGCACUGGUCAACCUGAUGAGGUUUCAUUUUCUGGUGCCACACAUCCUCCAAAUAUCUAUUCUCAAGAUGACCUUCCUAGAACUGUUGUGCGGACACUUAACCAAGGAUCCAAUGUAAUGAGCAUGGACUUCCAUCCGCAGCAACAGACUAUUCUUCUAGUGGGUACAAAUGUGGGUGAAAUUUCAAUCUGGGAAAUUGGAUCCCGAGAAAGGCUAGCACACAAAACUUUCAAGGUUUGGGAUAUCUCGGCUUGUUCGAUGCCUUUGCAGACUGCAUUGAUGAAAGAUGCAACAAUAUCUGUCAAUCGAUGUAUUUGGGGCCCUGAUGGAUCCAUACUUGGUGUUGCAUUUUCAAAGCAUAUUGUGCAAAUAUACAUGUACAACCCAACUGGAGAACUGAGACAACAUUUAGAGAUCGACGCUCACAUUGGUGGUGUUAAUGAUAUUGCUUUUGCUCAUCCCAACAAGCAACUAUGCAUUGUCACAUGUGGUGAUGACAAGACAAUUAAGGUCUGGGAUGCUGUAGCUGGCCGGAGGCAAUAUAUAUUUGAAGGCCAUGAAGCUCCUGUAUAUUCUGUUUGCCCUCACUAUAAAGAGAAUAUCCAGUUUAUUUUUUCUACUGCAAUUGAUGGGAAGAUUAAAGCAUGGCUAUAUGAUUGCUUGGGAUCUAGAGUGGAUUAUGAUGCUCCUGGACUUUGGUGCACCACAAUGGCAUAUAGCGCAGAUGGAACAAGGUUGUUCUCUUGUGGAACAAGUAAAGAAGGCGAUUCUCACCUGGUUGAGUGGAAUGAAAGUGAAGGAGCAAUCAAGAGAACAUAUUCUGGUUUCAGGAAGCGAUCCUUAGGAGUUGUUCAGUUCGACACAACAAGGAACCGCUUCUUGGCUGCUGGUGAUGAAUUUCAGAUCAAGUUCUGGGAUAUGGACAAUACCAACUUGUUGACAACUACUGAUGCUGAUGGCGGAUUACCUGCAAGUCCUAGAUUGAGGUUCAACAAGGAAGGGUCAUUAUUAGCAGUCACAACAAGUGACAGCGGUAUCAAGAUCCUAGUAAACACUGAUGGGCAGCGUUUGAUAAGAAUGCUGGAAAACAGGACAUUUGAGGGAUCUCGAGGUCCUUCUGAGUCUAUCAAUACAAAGCCUCCAAUUGCUAAUCCAUUGGGUCCUGUAGCCAAUGUAUCUGCCCCAUUAGUGACCUUGGAACGUUCUGAUAGAAUAUUACCACCUGCAGUAUCUAUUAGCAGUCUUGCACCCAUGGACAGUAGCAGGAUAACUGACAUUAAGCCAAGAAUCCCAGAGGAUGUUGACAAGAUUAAAAGCUGGAAGCUGCCUGAUAUCAUUGACUCAGCUCAAUUAAAAGCUCUGCGGUUGCCUGAUCCCAUGGCAACUGGAAAGAUUGUGCGUCUAAUAUACACAAAUUCAGGGCUAGCUGUAUUGGCCCUUGCAUCCAAUGCGGUACAUAAGUUGUGGAAAUGGCAGCGUACUGAACGGAAUCCAUCUGGCAAGUCUACUGCAUCUGUUGCACCACAAUUGUGGCAGCCCACAAAUGGAACUCUCAUGACUAAUGACACAAGCGAUACCAACUCAGCUGAGGAAUCAGCUGCAUGCAUUGCAUUAUCAAAAAAUGAUUCUUAUGUUAUGUCUGCAUCUGGUGGAAAGGUCUCCUUGUUCAACAUGAUGACAUUUAAGGUCAUGACAACUUUCAUGCCACCACCUCCUGCAGCCACCUUCUUGGCAUUUCACCCUCAGGACAACAAUAUCAUUGCCAUAGGGAUGGAAGAUUCAACUAUACAAAUAUACAAUGUGCGGAUUGAUGAGGUUAAAACCAAACUGAAGGGGCAUCAGAAACGAAUAACUGGCCUUGCAUUUUCCCCGACUUUGAACGUAUUGGUAUCAUCAGGAGCUGAUGCGCAGCUUUGCAUGUGGAGCAUUGAUGGAUGGGAAAAGAGGAAAGCACGAUUCAUACAAGUACCCCCUGGCCGCUCCACCCCACUGGUUGGAGAAACCAAGGUCCAAUUCCAUAAUGAUCAGGUUCAUUUAUUAGUGGUCCAUGAGAGCCAAGUUGUUGUGUAUGACAGCAAACUUGAGUGCCUGUGCUCAUGGUUACCAAGAGAUGCGCUUGCUGCUCCCAUCUCAAGUGCAAUAUACUCGUGUGAUGGCCAGCUGGUAUAUGCAGGAUUUUGUGAUGGUGCUGUUGGAGUAUUUGAUGCAGACAGUUUGAGGCUUCGGUGUCGAAUAGCACCCUCUGCUUAUAUGCCUCCCUCUGCCAGCAGCAGCAUUGUCUACCCAUUGGUGGUAGCAGCUCAUCCGUCUGAGCCCAAUCAAAUUGCCCUUGGCAUGAGCGAUGGUGCAGUCCAUGUGGUAGAGCCAUCUGAUGCAGAGCCUAAGUGGGGUGGUUCGGCCCCUCAAGAUAAUGGAACUCUAUCUUCUAUCCAGUCAAAUCCUUUAAGUAAUCAGCCAUCUGAAGCAAAUCCCAGGUAAUGGUAGCUUCAAGUUUCAGCCUCACCACCAACACCCAAAACAAGGUUUACAGAGAGACCAGGAUGCUUCUAUGAUGUGCAGCAGGGCUCAACCUUUUUUUUGUUUUUUAAUCUCCCGUCAUGCUUUUGUUGUCCAUAUGAUCCGUCUCAUCUUCAUUUGUAAAUGUUUCCUUUCUUUGAUUUUUAUUUUAUUAAGGUAAAAUUUUAUUGAAAAAAGAAGUGUACAUCGUCGGGUAGAAAUCAAACGCGUAGAAAUCUUCACUUCAGCUGUUUG